AUGGCCCAAGUUCUCAAUAAUUCCAGAUCAGACACCCUAUUUUUAGGUGGUGAAAAGAUAAGUGGGGAUGAUAUUCGGAAUCAGAACGUUUUAGCUGCAUUGGCAGUGGCCAAUGUGGUGAAAUCGUCAUUAGGCCCCGUCGGUCUUGAUAAAAUGUUGGUGGAUGAUAUCGGAGAUUUCACGGUGACAAAUGAUGGUGCCACAAUUCUUUCUCUCCUUGAUGUUCAGCAUCCUGCUGGUAAAAUUCUAGUGGAGCUUGCUCAGCAACAAGAUCGUGAAAUCGGUGAUGGUACCACUAGCGUGGUAAUUAUUGCUUCCGAACUCUUGAAGAGAGCAAACAGUCUGGUGAAAAAUAAGAUUCAUCCUACGACCAUUAUAACAGGCUUUCGUUUGGCCCUUCGAGAAGCUAUUCGGUACAUUAACGAGGUUUUAUCGAUGAGCGUAGAGGGUUUAGGUAAGGAAACUAUGGUUAACAUCGCUAAAACUAGUAUGUCCUCCAAAAUCAUCGGCUCGGAUUCAGACUUCUUUAGUAACAUGGUAGUUGACUCCUUACUUGCUGUGCGCACUCAAAACUCUAAGGGUGAAACUAAGUAUCCAGUUAAGGCCGUGAACAUAUUAAAGGCUCAUGGAAAAUCUGCAAGAGAAUCGCUACUUGUUCAAGGUUAUGCUUUGAACUGUACAGUUGCAUCUCAAGCCAUGCCUAAGCGAAUUGAUGGGGGCAAUGUAAAAAUUGCCUGUUUGGACAUCAACUUGCAGAAAGCUAGAAUGGCAAUGGGCGUUCAGAUCAACAUUGAUGAUCCUGAACAACUUGAAGAGAUCCGCAAGCGUGAAGUUGGAAUCGUACUCGAGAGGGUUCAGAAAAUUAUCGAUGCCGGCGCUAACGUCGUAUUGACUACCAAGGGUAUUGACGAUUUGUGCUUGAAAGAAUUUGUCGAAGCCAAAGUUAUGGCUGUGAGAAGAUGCAAAAAGGAAGAUUUGAGAAGAAUCGCCCGUGCUACUGGAGCCACGUUGAUAACGUCCAUGUCGAAUUUGGAAGGUGACGAAACUUUCGAAGCUAGCUCGCUGGGUACUUGUCAAGAAGUUACGCAAGCCAAGUUCUCAGAUGAUGAAUGUAUCCUAAUCAAGGGUACCUCGAAACAUUCAUCUUCUUCUAUCAUUCUACGUGGGCCUAAUGACUACUCUCUAGAUGAAAUGGAACGGUCUCUACAUGACUCUCUUUCUGUAGUCAAAAGAACUCUGGAAAGUGGAAACGUUGUUCCUGGCGGUGGUUCAGUGGAGACAGCACUAAACAUAUACUUGGACAACUUUGCAACAACAGUUGGUUCGAGAGAACAACUGGCGAUUGCAGAGUUCGCAGCUGCUUUACUUGUCAUUCCAAAGACACUAGCUGUGAACGCCGCAAAAGACUCUAGCGAGUUGAUUGCGAAGCUAAGGUCAUAUCAUGCCGCAAGUCAACAAUCCCAGCCUGAUGAUGUUAAGAGACGCAAUUACCGCAACUAUGGUUUAGAUCUUAUUAGAGGGAAGGUUGUCGACGAGGUUCAUGCAGGUGUGUUGGAACCUACUAUAAGUAAGGUGAAGUCCUUGAAGUCAGCCCUAGAAGCCUGCAUUGCAAUCUUGAGGAUUGACACUAUGAUUACUGUUGACCCGGAACCACCUAAGGAAGACCCUCACGACCACCAUUAA